AUGGGUUUCAUAUAUCGACGGGCCCGGCAAGUCAUCAUAUGGCUUGGCUCACAUCAGCAACCAGUUGACGAGCAGUAUGAGAAGACGCUUGGAUAUACAAAGAAUGUUGACCAAAGUGCAAAACAUGCAGCUGAGACGAGACUUGAGUAUUUCAUGCACAGGCUAAUUCAUGAAGAAUACUGGAAACGUACCUGGAUUAUCCAAGAAGUGGUCAUGGCCUCUAAAAUUAGAGUCAGCUAUGGAUCAGGAUCGGAAGACUGGGAGGACUUCAUCAAACUCCUCAACUGGUACAGAGCACAAAAUCCAAAUGAUGCUGCAGCACAUACAAUCCUAAAACUGGAUAAAAUCCGUCGUUCCAAAUUCUCGCAAACGGAAAACCUCUCGCUUCUAAAUUUGGUCGAUGAGUUCCGAGACGCCUUCUGUGAGCUUCCUCAUGACAAAAUCUACGCAUUCAUUGGUCUAGCAAAUGAUACAUACAAUAAGGAGGUACCAGUGAAUUACGAGAAAUCUGUAUCGGAGGUGUAUCACGAUGUAAUGAAACACCACUUCGAAUCGCUUCACUUCGAGACCCAGCAGAUAUCCUCAAUCGAAGCGAUCUAUCUAGCAGCGCUGGUUCGUCGCCUACUCACAAGGGAACAAACGCAGCGGCGGAGAGAAAUCAGAACUCUAAGACAAGCCGUCACCAAGGACUUGAGAGAUGAUUACGUCGCUCUACCUGCUCAACCUUCACGGAAUGUAGGUCCUGAAGAGAGGAGCAAUGAUUCUCGCCCAUACAGCUCGUUCGAGACUAGUUGGUCUCAUCAUUCAACUGAACCAAGAACGCGGGUUGAUUCUAAGGAAGAGUUGAAAAGUAAGAGAAGUAAGAAGGCAAAGGACAAAGAAGAGGAGGAGACCACUAAGGAUGACAAUUCAUGGGAGAAGCCAUGGCUUAUUGGAAUCGGCGUGGUGGUGGGAGCAGCUGGAUUUGCAUGGCUCAUCUGGAAGCUUUUGAAUCCAAGAUCAACCGAGAGCUUAACAUGGUGCUGGAACGAGUCUGCCGCUGAGGACAUCACAAAAUGGAAAACGUUGGCAGACAAGGGAGACGAAAGCUUUGUCCUGAGAGGUGCAAUACUUGGCAAAGUCGAACAUGUAGGGCCUUCGGUAUUCGAUCUCAGUUCCUCGAAUGACGCAGAAAAGCGAUGGAAUGCGAGAUUAGGGGAAUGCUACCGUGGCUCGGCAGAUUUGGCAACAGCGAGAGGUUCCAACGCGAAGCUCCUAUCGAUUCUGAGCAACACCUCAGAUUUUCGGACUAGGAACAUCAUUCCUUUGACACAAGAAAAAUCGCUAACUAGCCUGGAGGAUCUCCGGCACAAGCCAUCACAUCGCAGACAAGAAGCAUCUCCUGUGGUCUUCGUGGGCACAAAUGUGACUCUAGGCGUGGCGCCAGGAAACAUCCGUGAAGGCGACUUCAUUUGUCAAUUCUGGAAUUCUAGUUCUUGUGCUGUACUACGACGGACUGAUUCUGGUUUCGGCUUCCGGCCACGAUUUGAGAUAGUCGGUAGAGCAUCUAUUGUUGGUCGUGAAGAUGAUGUGGAUUGGGAGACCCCAACGGACAAAACACGGUUUGGCGGAAAUCUAUCGUUCAACCGGGAAGUCGUAGACCUGCCCGCGAGUAUGGAGACAUUAACUCUUUUGUCAUUAGAUACAGUGAACUUGCCUAGCAUGAUGAAUUAG